CCGCCGGCCGGCUGAGCGGAAGGAGGCGUUUGCCUGCUUGCUCGCUUGCUUGCUUAAACCGCACGCGUGCAAGACGGGAGUUGAGUCCACACGUAGGGGUCUUUCUUUUUUUUCCCCCAGGGCGGGGAGAAUGAAGCGAUUCAUUUCAAGAACCUGCAGAAAGCUUGGCUGUUUGGAAAUCUGAAUGCCGCUGUCCUGUUUGAAGCUGAUUACACGGCCUUUUUUGCAAGCACCCUCCUUGAUUGCUCAGCCUAUGCGCUUCGUCAUGGAUCUGAAAGAUCUCGUUGCUUCCUUAAACAAUUUUGCUUCGCUUUCCCUGGCUGAAAGUUGGGAUAAUGUGGGGCUGCUGGUUGAGCCAAGCCCUCCUCAUAUUGUCAAUACUCUUUUUCUCACCAACGAUUUAACUGAGGAUGUGAUGCACGAAGCCCUGGAGAAGAAAGCAAACCUCAUUCUUUCUUACCAUCCGCCCAUUUUUCACCCACUGAAACGUAUAACGUGGAGAACAUGGAAGGAGCGCCUGGUAAUCCGAGCCUUGGAAAACAGAGUUGGCAUUUAUUCUCCUCACACAACAUAUGAUGCUAUACCUGAUGGAGUCAAUGACUGGCUUGCUACAGGAUUGGGCGCUUGCACCGUUGUUCCUCUGAAACCCGCUACAGCUUCCACUUACCCUGUCGGUGGGCCUUUCCGGGUUGAAUUCAACGUGUCCUCCGCUGAAAGUCUGGAAACAGUCUUAUCCCAAGUCCGUGCAGUGCCAGAGGUGUCACUCAUCGCAACUCAACCUGCCAGGAUUGAAAGGGAAGAACAAACACGUGUCAGCUUGAACUGUUCUCAGCUAGCUUUGGUGCAAGUGAUAGCCUUGCUUUCCCAGAAGAAUCUGCUAUAUCAAACAACAGAAAUCAUAUCACUGCAGAAGCCUCUACUUGCCGAUACUGGAAUGGGACGUUUAUGCACAUUGCACAAACCGGCCUCCGUUUCUCUCUUGAUUGAACGAUUGAAAAGUCACUUAAAAUUGUCUCAUAUUCGUCUCGCUCUUGGAGUAGGGAAAUCACUGGAGUCCUCGGUGAAGGUGGUUGCUCUUUGUGCUGGCUCAGGAGCAAGUAUUUUACAAGGCACAGAAAGUGAUCUCUAUGUUACUGGAGAGAUGUCCCACCAUGAAGUACUCGAUGCUGUUUCCAGAGGGAUCUCUGUGAUUUUGUGCGAGCACAGUAACACUGAACGAGGCUUUCUGUUAAAACUGAAACAAAUGCUCGCUGUGCAUUUUAUGGAUAAGAUCAAUAUCAUCAUUUCUGAAAGAGAUAGAGACCCCCUUCAAGUCGCGUAAAAGAAACAAACGUUGAGAAAUAAUGUAAGUGUAUAUCCUUUAGAGACUUAAUAAAAAUAUUGGCAAAAAAUAUGCUUUGAUUCCUAAAAUGUUAGCAAUAAUAAAAUGUUAGCGAAAUGAGUAAAUGGCUGGUUGAAAAAAAGCAAAAUUUAUUUUACAAUAAAUUAUUCUACAAAAUGUAUUGUAGCAGAGAAAAGUACACUUGAAUGCUUAGAUUUUUAUUUUACAUUUUGAAAGUAUCAAGUUGGAGGAAAGCCAAGUACAGUUUCCAAUUAGCAGUAUUCUCUCACUGAAUAUUCUUUAUCCGUUCAUAUUUAGUUUGCCUCAUUUUACUUGCUCCAACACACUAUCCUUGUCCUCUUUUCCUUCUCUGUGGUCAAUUUUGUUGGUUCUUUCAUCCUGGGUACUUCUUGGGCAAAUCAAUAUUUGUUACCCUAAUUUCUAAUUGUACUUUCUGUAUAAUGAUACUCAUUUUUUAUCACCAGAUUUGAACCCAUUUGUCAUCACUUAACAUCAAUCAAACAUUUUCCUAUAUCAUCUAUAUCAGUAUAACAUAAACCUCCGAAGCCAAGUUUACUUCAGGAGUGAUAUGGGAAAAGAGAUAUUCUGGAAGAGUCUAGAAACAGUUUAUUUUCAGUUAAAGCUCUCUCAGUAUUUAAAAAAAUAGUCUCUAAGACAAAGAAAUAGUUAUAUGGCAUAAAAGAACCAUACAAAAGGACACAAUUGCAUGUUUAUUUUUAUUCAGACAGCUUUUAAACAGUCAUUAGGUAAAAAAACAAGUUAAAUAAGCAUAUUUGCAAUUGUUGUUGACAAAAACACAGCUGUCAUCAUAUUUAAAAUGGCUUAUAUGGGGGAGGAAUCUUUUAUUCCCAAUUAAGGCUAAAUUUUUAAUAAACAAUGAUAUCCACAUCUCUGGUAUCAAUGGUUUAUUUUGCUCGGGUCCAACCAGUUUCCUAAUCCAAUCCUUCCAUCUCACAUGACACACAUUUGAAGAUCAAUAAUGGUUUGCCUAUGAUCUAUUAAAAAUACACCAGUCAAUAGCUGAAUUCAGCUAUUAAUAAGCAAUCGCGUAUAUUAUCAAGCACAAGUUCUCCAAUUCAAUCCUUAUUUCCGGAAGAUUUAUGAACAGAAGGCACAGCAAUAUCAGUAGAUGACAUUUUCUUGGUCUACAAUAAUAUAGACUGGCAAAGAGAGAAACCUG